UCCCUGUGGAAAGGAGCUCUGUGCCCUCGACACCAGCUGCCUCUGCCGAUCCCUAACCAACGGGCUGCCAGAGGAAUUCCCCACCUUCGCCAGGAGUCCCCUGAAGCCAGAGUCCCGACAGCAGGGCGGCACCGGGCUGUAUCCCCGGCAGAGCUCCGCCCAUGCCCAGCGCAUUGCCAAGGCCAAGUGGGAAUUCUUCUAUGGCUCCUCAGAUACCCCAAAGACAGGUUCCUCUGCCCCUGACUCCACUCCCCUGGCUGAGCUCCCCCAGAAGUCUGUCUCCCCACUGCCAGCCGAGCCACCAGGGUUGGUACCCGAGCACAGCCUGAGCCAUGUGGAGGUGGAGAUAGAAGUGUCUCCUUUGGGCAGCCAGAAGCCUGGCUCCUGUGAAACCGGGAUUAUAAGGAGGACAGUGAAGUACUCUGAGACAGACCUGGACACUGUGCCACUGAGGUGCUAUCGUGAAACCAACAUCGAUGAUAUCCUGGCUGAGAAGGAGGAGGUGGAUUCAGCAAUUGAGAGCCAGAAGGACAGUGAGAGCAACCCAAGUUUUGUGGGCACGCCAGGCAGGCGGAACAGCACACCAGAGGAGCCACCCGCCCCAGGCACCGGCUGCUCCAAGGAUGGGCUGCAGGACAGGGAUGUGGACGAGGAUGACGAAGUGUUUGAGUCGAUGAGGAAGGAAAACAGGGAAAGGAUCAUGGACCGAGACACACAGAGUAUGCUCAAGUCUCCAGUGCCCUUCCUUCUAGGCCACAGCCUCUCCAAGGAUGGCAUGGACUCUUUCAGCAAGCAUUUUGAGACCAUCAUGGAGUCCCAUCGAGCCAAAGGCACAUCUUACACCAGCCUGGACUCCAUUGACAUCCUUUCUUCCCCAGCCCGUACCCAUGGGACUUUUUUCACUUUUGACCUCCCAACCCUCACCCCAGAGAUACAGGGGAAAAUCCGAGACAGCGCCAAGGUUAUCGAGGAGAACUUUGCUCCUCUGGCUCACUUAGAGCCAGACUCUGGGACCAGUUCAGCCACAGAUGCCCCCUGGACAGAGAGGGAGGAAGAACAGAGGAGACGAAAGAAGGGCACUCGGCACAGCCCCUGCCACUCAGAGGACAGCUUUGGCACUCCCUUGGCCUCCAAUACAAGCGACCGCCCCCAGAGCCAGCUGGUUUCGGACUCAGAGUCGGAGAUGGACAGUGUGGAGCACCUGGCCCUGGGCAGCACGGACACCCUUUCCAAUGGACACAAGGCUGACCUGGAGGCUGCCAAACGCCUGGCCAAGAGGCUCUUCAACCUGGAUGGAUUUAAAAAAGCAGACGUGGCUCGCCACUUGGGGAAGAACAAUGAGUUCAGCAGGAUGGUGGCAGGGGAAUAUCUGAAGUUCUUCGUCUUCACAGGGAUGAGUCUGGAUCAGGCUCUCAGGUCCUUUCUAAAAGAGCUAGCCUUGAUGGGAGAGACGCAAGAGCGAGAGCGAGUGCUGGCUCAUUUUUCCCAGCGCUACUACGAGUGUAAUCCCAAUGCCAUCUCUUCAGAAGACGGAGCCCACACCCUCACGUGUGCCCUGAUGCUGCUAAACACAGAUCUGCAUGGACAUAACAUUGGGAAGAGAAUGUCCUGCUCUGACUUCAUUGGCAACUUGGAGGGACUCAAUGGAGGCACUGACUUUCCCAAGGAGCUGCUCAAGGCACUGUAUGGCUCCAUCAAGAAUGAGAAGCUGCAGUGGGCCAUAGAUGAGGAGGAGCUGAGAAAAUCCCUCUCGGAGCUGGCAGAUCCCAACCCAAAGUCCAUCAAGCGCAUCAGCAGCUGCAGUAACCCUUUUCUGGACUUUUCCCAGGACUCCAGCAUUGCUACUUACAAGCACGGGCUGUUAGUCCGCAAGAUCCACGCUGAUCCCGACUGCAAGAAAACACCCCGAGGGAAGCGCGGCUGGAAGCCCUUCCACGCCAUCCUGAAGGGAAUGAUUCUCUACCUGCAGAAGGAGGAAUACAAGCCAGGGAAGGCACUGGCAGAAGAGGAACUGAAGAAUGCUAUCAGCAUCCAUCAUUCACUUGCCACACGGGCAUCUGACUACAACAAGCGACCCAAUGUCUUCUACCUCAGGACAGCUGACUGGAGGGUCUUCCUUUUCCAAGCACAGAACCCCGAACAGAUGCACUCGUGGAUCACACGCAUCAACGUGGUGGCAGCCAUGUUCUCUGCGCCCCCCUUCCCCGCAGCCAUCGGCUCCCAGAAGAAGUUCAGCCGCCCGCUGCUGCCCAGCUCCUGCACCAGGCUGUCUCAGGAGGAGCAGGUGAAGAACCAUGAGACCAAGUUCAAAACAAUGUCAGCGGAGCUGCUGGAGCAUCGGUCCUCACUGCCUGAGAAGAAGGUGAAAGGCAAGGAGUACGAGGAGCUAAAGCAGAAGGAAGAGUACCUGGAAUUUGAGAAAUCCCGCUAUGGCACCUAUGCCAUGCUGCUGCGGGCCAAGCUGAAGGCUGGCUCCGAGGACCUGGCAGCAUUUGAGUCCACCCUCUUUGACACAGCGGGUGGGGAGGACGAUGGCCUGAAAAAGUCCCGCUCCAGCCCCUCGCUCAACGCAGAGCCCUCCAGCACGACCACCAAGGUGAAGCGCAACGUCUCAGAGCGCGCAGGCCGCCAGCCCCCUGGCCACCCCCAGAAGUCCUAAAUGGGGGCCCUCAGCUGCCUGCACUGCAGCUCUGUUGCUGUUCCCCUGGCACGGGGCUGGAGGCCGUGUCCGUCUGUCUGCGGCACGAGCGGGAGGGGCUGACAGCCCUUCUGCAGCCGCCAGCUCCAGCCAUGCAGGGCCGUGGCCCCUCCACCGGAGACAGUGGCAGAGCAGGACGGUCCCCAGUCCUUGCCUGCAGGAGCUGCCUGGCCCCAUCAGACUUGUUCCUGCCCCUCCUUGUCCUGCACUUGGCUGCAGGACCUACUCUUGCUGCCCUGGGGAGAGGGAGCAACUGAAACCCACCCGCUGGGUACAAUUCUUCACUGGCUUAAAAAAAAAAACAAAAAAAACCCCACAUGCAGCAAAACAAAGCCAGCGGCCGCUUCUCCAGCUCCAUCGUGCCAUGGGGGUAGAUGGGAGGGGGCCAGCCCUAGACUAUCCCCUCUCCUGGGGCUGGUGGCCAGGGAAGCCAAGGCAACAGCACCUGGUCCCUUCCCUGCCACCUCAGUCACCUCCGCACCCUCCCUGCUUUCUUACAACUUUUGAACAGUUUUUGUGAUACAGUUUUGCACUUUUUAGUACCAGAUCGAGCUGACCACCAGGGAGGUUUUUUUGGGGGGCUACUUUUGAUGCUUUUUGGGAACUGUUUAAAAAAAACAAAACCACAAACCCAGCCAUAUCUUGUAGGCACUGCACUCUGGGGGAAAGAGGUUUUUAAAAGGACUCAGGGGGCAAUCCAGCUCCCCAUACCCCCACCCUGCAGCAAGCUGAGCGUGGGCUACUGUGUGUACUGCUGCUGCCUGCUCCCCAGCUCCACUUCAGCACCAGCAACCCUUCGGGGAGACAGCCCUGUGGCUGCCAGUACCAAGGAGGCAGCCUUGAGAUGGCAGCAGCACCCACUGCUGCAUGUGUGGCUGCAUGGGAGGCUGAUGCACUGGUGCGUCAUGACCCCCAUUUUCCACCCCCCACUGCUGGCAGCUUGGACUGGCCCUGUUUGCGCCAACCUGGGUGUGAACAUUGUGCCCAGGGCAUGCAGGGCAGCAGUGUGUAAGUACUCCCCGUGGGGUGGUGACCCCUAGAGCCAGGGUUGAUACGGGGGUCCCUCUGCCCUAUGGGUCCAGCACAGGCUGGAGCCAGCUUUUCUUCCCAUCUCUUUUCCAAUGCAUGGCUGGGGCCUCAGAGGCUCCCAGCAAAGCCUGAUCUGCAGUACUGCAGUCCUCGUUCUGCAGCAGCAAUGGUGCAGCCCCUUCCUCAGCAACAGGCUCCCUCCUUGCCAAGGUGAGGGGCAGGCUGGGGCAGCCCACACCACUCCAGAGUGAGCUGAAGGAUGCUUGUCCAGAGCAAGGGGCAACUGCUGGAGCACAGCUGCGGGAUUGUCCAGAAGGGGUCCAGGCACAGUGAAGGGCUGUGACCAGGGGCUGGCACACACGCAGUUCUCAGCCGCCUGGGACCUGGCUGGUUUCAGCACUGACUUUGCGAAUGUGUCAAAACUUUUUAUUCUGCUCUUUUGAGUCUAUUGC